GCAAAACACCCUCGGUCCCUUCAUACAAUCUAUGCAACCCCAUUAGGCAUAGCAACUCGAGAAAGCUAUGCAUAUCUUCAGUAUGGGAGAAGCUUUCGGAGCAGCUGCCGAGAUUCCUUACUCACCCCCAUAACGAUUCGAGCACACCGCACCUCAACAAUGACAUCGAAUAUCCAGAUAGAUGGUAACCCAGCCUUCGCCCGUAUCCCACCAUGGGUAAAGGCCAAGCUGAGACCCAAUGCCAUCGAGAAGAUUCAGCAGGUUCAUGAUUGGGUCGAGACUGAGUGUAUACCGGCGGAGCGCAUCUACAAGAAGCAACUGGAGGGUAACCGGUGGAGAACACCAGCCAUCAUUCAUGAGCUGCGCAAGAAAGCGAAAGCGCAAGGCUUGUUCAACUUGUUCUUGCCAAACCAUUUUGAAGAAAGUCCCGGUUUGACCAAUCUGGAGUACUCAUGUUGCGCCGAGAUAAUGGGUCGAGUGUAUUGGGCUGCGCAGACUAUGAAUUGCCAUGCCCCCGAGACCGGAAAUAUCGAACUCCUCGCGAAGUAUUGCACACCAGAACAGAAGAAGCGGUGGCUUCACCCCCUCAUGAACGGCGACAUGUCCUCUGCAUACAGCAUGACCGAACCCGACGUCGCUUCAUCUGAUGCAACGCAAAUUGGGAUCGAAAUGGAAAUUACGGACAAGGAGGUUAUCAUAAAUGGGCGAAAGCUGUAUGGAAAUUGCCAAUACAACGAGGAGAUGCAACUGUUCAUCCUUAUGGGGUGCUCAGAUCCCAACAACCCCAAUGCAUGGAAUAGGCAUACCACACUAGUCGUACCUGCGAAGACCGCAGGUUUGAAGCAAGUGAGGAACCUGACCAUCAUGGGGUACGACUGGGCUCCUGAGGGUCAUGGAGAGUACGUGUAUGAGAAUGUGCGCGUUCCCAUCGAGAACAUUAUUCUGGGGCCCGGUCGUGCAUUCGAGAUUGCCCAAGGUCGUCUUGGUCCUGGGCGUAUUCAUCAUUGCAUGCGAUUGAUUGGUCAAGCAGAACGCGCAUACGAACUUGCGCUCGUGCGAUGUGUCGAGCCGCGAAAGAAGCCGCGAGGCAAAUUUAUCGGCGAAUUCGAUAGUAACAUCGAGCGUAUUGCCGAUAUGCGGAUGACCAUCGACGCAAUGCGACAAGUUGUCCUCAACGCAGCAGAUACCAUGGAUCUACAAGGUAACAAAGCCGGUCGAUAUGCCAUCGCUCAAAGCAAGAUCAUGGUUCCAAAUGCUCUUCUCAAAGUCAUCGAUGAGGCUAUGCAGAUAUACGGCGGGCAGGGUCUCACACAACAUACACCUCUUCCGGAGCUGUGGACAUAUGCACGCUUUGUGAGGGUUGCCGAUGGGCCGGACUCAGCACACAGGCAUCAAGUUGGUCGAGACCAAAUGAAAACUGCGCGAGAAUUUAGAGCGCGGGCUGAGCAGUACACUGAGAGAUAUAAGGAACUUUGUAAAAAAUGGGGGCUUGAGCCGGAAGAAUUCUGGGGUAUUGUUUGA